UCAGGCGUGACCAUACCACGCGAGAUCCGGCCACGGGAGACCUCCUCACGGGAGCGUCAGACCUCAGCCCGGGCUGCCGGACAGUGGAAGCCUCCUCUAGACGAUUGUUUCCCACAGACAUAAUGUCAAGUGCAGACGACCAGCGACCACAGGCCUUUGCCAAACCCGCUUUCAGCGAGGCCCAAGCCUGGGCAGUCGUGGAGUCGGUGUUUGGGUUCAAAGUUUCCAAGAUCGAGCCCCUUCCUAGCUAUGAUGACCAAAACUUUCACGUGUGUGUUUCGAGAACCACGGACGGCCCCACUGAAUAUGUCCUCAAAAUAAGCAACGCAGAGUUCAGCAGAACCCCAGACCUAAUCGAGAUUCAGAGUCACAUCAUCAUGUUCCUGCAGGCGGCUGGAUUUCCAACAGCCUCUGUGUGUCGCACCAAAGGAGACAACGUAACCUCUCUCAUGUCUGUAGAUAGUGGUUCUGAAAUCAAAAGCUACGUGGUGAGGCUGCUGACGUACCUCCCGGGAAGGCCCAUCGCUGAGAUUCCCAUCAGCCCCCAGCUGCUGUAUGAAGUUGGAAGGCUGGCUGCCAAAUUGGAUAAGACACUGGAGAAAUUCCACCACCCAAAGUUAAAAUGUCUUUAUCGGGAGAAGUUCAUCUGGAAUCUGAAAAAUGUUCCUCUUCUGGAGAAAUACCUGGAUGCCUUGGGCCCGGAUCAGAACCGUGCGAUUGUGGAACAGGUCAUUCAGCUGUUCAAGGAUGAAGUGAGGACCAAACUAAGGCAUUUUCGAGAAUGUAUCAAUCAUGGAGAUCUUAACGACCAUAACAUUUUAGUAGAGUCCAGCAAGUCAGCCUUUGGAGAUGCUGCGUAUCACGUGUCUGGGGUUUUAGACUUUGACGACAUGAGCUAUGGCUACUAUGUGUUUGAAGUGGCGAUCACCAUCAUGUACAUGAUGAUUGAAAGCAAGGCUCCUAUACAAGUGGGUGGUCAUGUGCUUGCAGGGUUUGAAAGUGUCAUCCCUCUGACAUCAGUAGAGAGGGGUGCUUUGUUUCUCCUUGUGUGCAGUCGUUUUUGUCAGUCCCUUGUCUUAGCUGCGUACUCUUGCCAGCUGCAGCCAGAGAACAAUGAAUAUCUCAUGAUUACUGCCAAAAACGGGUGGAAGCACCUGCAGCGAAUGUGUGACCUGGGCCAGAAAGCUGUAGAAGAAAUCUGGUUUGACACUGCCAAGUCCUACGAAUCUGGGCUCUGCAUGUGACUGCAGAACAGUUCAUGUGACCUUGGGCAAUAACCCUAAUAGGAACAAAUCUAAGGAAUUUCCCUGCACAGUAAAAAAAUGAAUUGAUGGAACAGAUCAAUGCAUGUGAAGCCACUAAGGUCUUCAGAUAAUCUCAUGAUUAUUAAUUUUUAUUUUUUAAUGAAUGUAUUGGACUGACAUUGGUUAAUAAAAUUAUAUUGGUCUCAGGUGUACAAGUCUGUAAUACAUCAUGUGUAUAUUGUAUGUUUGCCACUCCAAGUCUCCUAUACCCUCUUCUACCUUCUCCCACCUGCCCUCCCAUGGUUUUUUAAACUGAGAAAUACUGUGUAAGCAGCGGUGUCUUUCUGUGGUUCUCAUUUGCCUUAUGUAUGAAACACACAGAAUAUUUUGAAUUAGAUAAUUGCUCGUCUAUUCCAGACCUAGUCAGCCUUCUAGCUUUCCGAAACACGUAAAAGUAGUAGUUUACAUAGGGACUGA